UAGAGGUGGCGGCAGCGGUCUUGGCCGGACGCUGCUCAGGGUGGAGUAGUGUCCGCACAGGAAUCAAAUCUUUGACCUACCCCCGUCUGCCUCCGGCCUUGACUUAUGAUCCUAGGUUCUUUUGGGCUCCUCUGACCCAGCUAGCCAGACCCCAGAUCCAAACCAUGUUCCCGGUGAAGGUGAAAGUGGAGAAAUCAGAGUUGGAGAUGGCCAAGGCCCGGAACCAACUGGAUGCCGUUCUGCAGUGUCUGCUGGAGAAGAGUCACAUGGACAGGGAGCGUCUGGAUGAGGAAGCUGGGAAGACCCCCUCAGACACCCACAAGGAUUGCUCCAUUGUGUCCACCGGCAAACGGCCAUCCGCCCGCUUCCCCCACCAGAGGAGGAAGAAGAGGAGGGAGAUGGAUGAUGGGCUGGCAGAGGGAGGGCCACAGCGAACCAACGCGUAUGUGAUCAAGCUGUUUGACCGGAGUGUGGACUUGGCUCAGUUCAGUGAGAACACACCGCUGUAUCCAAUCUGCCGUGCCUGGAUGCGCAACAGCCCCUCAGUGCGUGAGCGUGAACGCUCGCCGAGCUCACCGCUGCCCCCACUGCCUGAGGAUGAGGAGCCCCUGGGCCACCUGGAGAUGCUUGCAGAUCCCGAAUCCCAUCCCCACUACAGCCUGAGACCCAGGGUACCCCUGAUGAUGAGGUGGGUCUGCAAGGCUGGCCUCGGGCUAUGGGACAUAUGUUGUGCUGUUUGGGCAUGGCCACCCAGCCUGACCUGUCUGCCCACACAGCCCUCCGAGCCUGAGCCCUCACCCUCCACACUCAUCUACCGCAACAUGCAGCGCUGGAAACGCAUCCGCCAGAGGUGGAAGGAGGCAUCUCACCGGAACCAGCUUCGUUACUCAGAAAGCAUGAAGAUCCUACGGGAGAUGUAUGAGCGACAGUGAUGUUCCUAUCCUCCUCCCACACCCCAAUAAACAUUCCCCUCCUCACACUGG